CGUCGAACUGUGCGAGGUAAAAGUGGAAGCGGCGUUUUGGAACAUUUUCAAAAGCAUUUAUUCAUUGUACAGUGUCGCCUUUCGAAAUCACAGCGACCUCACCCUCGAUCUCAUUUUCAAAAGAUGCCGGGAAAAGAAGCAAAUGGUGUCGCGGCCGUCGAGCGGAAGAAGGCGCCCGUCAAGCCUGAUCAGGCAACCUUUGAGCGGGAACUCAAGGAAAUUGACAGCAACAUUGAGGCGUUGAAAAAGCAGCUGGCGGAGGCUCAGAACCGCAUCAGCGAAACUGACACCAAGGACGCUUUCACAGAUCGCAGAAAAGAUCUGCGCGAGCAGCAGGAUGCACUGAUCAAGCAGCGGAAUGAGCUCCAAGAUCAGCGAGGGAAAAUUUUCGAUCAACUAAAGGCUAUCCAGGCCAAGUUGAGGAAAAAAACCGACGACGCAAGGUCUUCAAAGGACCGUCUUGGGUACAAGUCUGUGGAGGAUGUUGACAAACAGAUCAGCACCCUCGAGCGCCAAUUGCAAUCUGGUGAAGCAUCCCUGCACGAGGAAAAGCGCAUUGUUGCUGAAAUUUCAAAUCUGAAAAAGGCACGAAAGAUUUUGGAGGGAUUCAGCAGUCAACAGUCGUCGGUGGAAAGUGAUAAGAAGCAACUCGAUGACUUGCGUGCUCAGUUGGAUGCGAUUGAACCUCAGCGCAAGGAGAUCCAUGCCAAGAUCGAUGCUGUGAAAGCUCAGUUUACUGAUCUCGACAAUGAACGUAAAUCAAAAAAGGGCAAUUUGAAUGACCUCGUAAAUGACCGCAAAAAUAUUAAGGCCGAUCUUGACGCUGAAUUUGACAAGCUCCGUGCAUUGAAAUCCAACUAUAAGAAGCAGAAGGACGAAUGGUUCACAUGGCAACGUGAAGAACACGCGCGAAAACACGAGCAAUACUUGGCCCGUAAGCGGGAGGAGAGCGAAGCACGGCUGACAGCGCAGGCAGAGCGAGAACGAGAAGCGGCCGAAAUUCCAGCUUAUUCUGACGAGAUCAACCAAUGCGCCACCCUCAUAAAGUUUCUCGAAAAUUACUCGUCUAAAUCGGAAGCUACAAAGACAAAUUCCGCAGAUGCCUCCGCGAGCACACGACCGGUGGACACUGGACUGCCGGAAGGGGCGGUCCUCUUGAAGAAGAAGGAUGACGAAGAAUACAUGGUUCUCGGCAACAAGAAGGGCAAGAAGGGCCGCCGACAGGGGGGUAGUGGACAGACUGAAAAGGUCAAGCCUUUCAAGUUGGACUUUGACAUCAUUGACCAGUUUGUGAAGCUCAAGAUUGAUCUCCCAGUAUCUGCUGCCGAAAUUCCUGCCACAAUUUCUGCACUCGAGGAAAAGCAGAAAUGGUUCAAAGACAAUCAAGCAGAAGCUACUGCUAAGGCAAAGGCUGCGGCUGAGGCUAAGAUUGCUGCCUUGAGGCGAGGGGACUCUGCCAACGGAGAUAGCACACCGGUAGAAAAGGUAGAAAACAAGGUAGAGGCAGCCGCAGAAGUAGAUGCAUCUGAUAUCUAGAGCAAAACACAUUGUUUAUGAAAGCUAAAUACAUAUCGACUGGACCCAUGUGCCUCAGAAUCGA